AUGUAUGAAGAAAGCAUAUUUUCUUUUUCAGAUGCUGAAACUUCAUUUACCAAUCAAACACUUAAUAGCUCAUCAAUAGUGCAAAAUGGCAACGGCACAGAUUACUCACCUUCGGAGGAAGAGGUUGUUCGUAAACCUCGCAGGAGAGCAAAGAAAACCCGACCUGCAGAACACGGAUUCCCCAAUGAUAUGGGCAUAGAAGAUGAAGAUAUCAUUACUGAUGGGCCAAUAAAAAUACUAGAACACCAUCCUGCAUUCAUUGUACCCUCCCUGACAAGCCAACCGGUGGCCAAACUUUUUGUGGAAAAAAAUAGAAAAUUUCAAGCUGCUGACCGAACUGGUAUUGUCAAAACCACGGAACAGGUUGACGAUUUUUUGGAUGUUAAGCCAGAUUGGACCAGCAUGGACGUUUCUCUUACUGUACAUCGUGCCUUCAGGAUGAUUGGACUUUUCUGCAGUGGAUUCCUUGCUGGUUACACAGUAUGGAAUAUUGUAGUCAUUUAUGUACUUGCUGGUAGCCAGCUAACUACUCUUCCCAAGCUUCUGGAAAUCUAUAAAGACUUGGCAUAUCCAUCCCAGAGCUUCCUGUAUUUUCUGUUGGCCCUCAGCACAGUUUCUGCCUUUGACAGGAUUGAUCUGGCCAGUAUAUUAAAUGCAUUCCAUGGUCUUGUUGCAUUGGAUCCUUCCGCUGUGGCAUCAUUCUUGUACUUUGUAGCUCUCUUUUUUGCUCUGAGUCAGCAAAUGACAAGUGAUCGGAUAAACUUCUACACACCUCCAACACAGAAUGGUAGCUUGUGGCAGGAGGCUACAGAAGUGCAGAUCCUUCAGCCUUGGGUUGUGAUGAAUUUGGUUGUAACUCUGCUAGUUGGACUUGCCUGGUUAUUUCUGUCCUGCCGGCCAGACCUGGAUCACAGUGAAGAAUCUAUAUUUCUACCAGAAGAGGAAGAUUACCCAGACAUAGAAAAAGGAUUAAAUAUUCAAGCUUGAACAAUAUUUCUCAACUACACAGAUGCCUUUCGUAUUUUAUAUACGUCUUUGUACAUAGCUUGGUAUUAUUUUUA